CUCCGCAGGGUGAGUUGCUUGCCUCAUCCAAGGAAGCUUUGAGGCCUUGUCGUCUCGGUUCUACCAUCAUUAUUUCGCGAGCAAUUCUUCCAAAUCUGUCGAGCAUUUUAUUUUUUUCUGUUCGGUGUUAUCUUGGAUUACUAGUAUUUGGGUGGCUGUACAUCUCAGUCGGAGACCGAUUCCCACUCACUGCUCGCAGGUUUAGGAGAUGCCGCGUAAUCGAGACGAUCCACCGGCCAUUCGCGUGUACACCAUCUGCGAUGAAUCUAAGUACCUGAUAGUGAGGAAUGUGCCCGCGCUUGGUUGCGGGGAGGAGUUAUCCAAGCUCUUCGGGUCGUAUGGAGAAAUUGUAGACUGCAAACCUAUGGAUGCAGAAGACUGUGAGCCUUUCACUGAUGUUUACUGGAUAGAGUUUUCACAAGUGAGCAAUGCAAGGUUUGCAAAAAGAAAAUUGGAUGAGUCAAUUUUCCUUGGGAAUCGACUUCAGAUUUCAUAUGCCCCAGAUUUUGAGAGCCUUUCAGAUACUCGAGAUAAAUUAGAAAGAAGAAGAAUAGAAGUCCUUUCUCGGAUAAAAUUUCCAAGACCUGAUGGAUCAAAAUCGCAUAUAACAACUAGAAGGUGCGAGGACGAAAAACAUUAUCGAGAACAUCCUAACCAGGUGUCCUCUAACCAGGACUAUUUCCCCUCUGCUUCAAUGAAUGAAACGGUUAGAUUGGUUAGGAGCAAGCUUGACAAGGUACAAUCUAGCAGCGAGCAUAUAGCAAACCCACCAGCUUUAAAGAAAAUACGAAUGGAUAAUAGAAGAAGAAUUUGAUUUUCUUUAACCAUGGAUGCUUGGGCAUUUGUUUUUGAACUCUGAGAUAAAUCUUACAGAUGAGUGAAUAUGAUGCCAUUGGAUGGAAGAUGAGAGAUUUUAUCACCUGUUCUACUUGGCCGUUGAUGCAAGGAUGGUGGACAUAGCACCAUAACAGGUAUGAAGCAUGUAGUAACAUUAGCUAUAAGAUCUAUUGGGAUUAUAACUAUAUACUAUGUCAAGAAAUAUUCUGUUUCUAUCAUUUGAAAUAUUAUUAUUAUUAUAAGCAAAUUCAAAAGUAGCUAAAUGUAAAUAUCAAUUCUCAAUGAUUUCUUUUUG